CGCACACAUUCCCUUGAGCACUUAAUGCUGGCGGAAUGCGAAUCGCCACCCUCUCCGAGACGGGCAAACUUCGGACGCUCCCCGCCGCAGGAAGGGGCAAGGUAGUAAAUCGAGGUUGACACACAGCAACAGCGAAGGCCGCCUCCGCUCUCACGUUAAGGUGCGCGAACAAGUGUGUAUGGGACGGAGAAUACUUUGCACUAGAUUUGGUAUGUGUUUGAGUUUAAAGACCCGGAAUUAGCAGGUUUGGAUUUUUCCGGCGGAGCCCUUACAGCGGCGAAUUGUUUUAGAGUCGGAUCGUCUGUCCCAAUAUAACAAGCUGGUCACUGUGACGUGAAAACUUAAGUCAAGUAACCUGGGGUAAAAUAAAGGAGAUAAGCACUAAGUGCUGCAGUAACCCAGCCGGUCAGACAGCAACUGUGGAGAAAAUGGAUGGGUCUGAUUGCUGGGAAAAAGUGCUUAAAUAGUUGAUAUGUGUGGGGAAGCCUGUGGAGGUGCAUGCUGGAGUCGCUUGUCUUACUUUACAGUGCGAGCGAAACGCGAUGCAAGAAAGUAGAAGAGUAGAAAGAAGCAAAGAUCACUUGUGAAGAUAUUUUUCCUUUAACCCAACAAGGCAACAACUCUGGAAACAACAACGGCAGGGGCCCCUGGAGAUGUUUGGCACCUUCCUCCAAGUCAUUUUCUACCGCGUUCCUAUUGCUUCGAAGUAUUUCAUACACUUGCAUCCCCCUUUUCGACCCAGAUAUGCUACAUUUCCCAUUUGCACGGAGUUAUAACACUUGCAAAGCUGUGUAAUAACUGCACACGGCGCCGGAGCUCCCGGGCUGUUCACUUUGCUGCUUUUGUUUUGAUUCCUCUUUGGGAGAGCAGCAGCUAUUUAGUUUCCUUGCUCUCUGUGUGUUUCUCUCUCCUCCCCUGCGCUUCCCCCUUUGCCUCCUUCUGCGUGGUUGCCCCGGGUCCAGAGAGCAAUGAAAGAAAUCCCCCACCGGGCCCGCCCGCCCACCAAUCGCAUGCCGGGGAUGCUGCUCCCUGGCCGGGGUUGCCAUGGCAGCUCACAUCAAUCAUGCGGCGAGCAGCCAAUGGGAGGCCCGGGGCCGGCGCGUACACAGCGUCGGCUUUUCCUAGCUCGGCGCUGCUGCCAAUGAUCCGAGCUCGGUGCAAGUUGUCAAAGGCUCGGCUCGUUUAACAAGUCAGAUCACUCCGGCUCAGCAAGUCAUGGCGACCACAGCAUCAAAUCAUUACAUUACGAGCGGCAAUAUCCUCACCUCCAACUCCAUCGUGCACGCCGCCGAGCCGGGGAGCAUGCAACAAGGGACAGCCUACAGGGAUGCACAGAAACUGGUCCAGAAUGAUUACAUGCAAAGCAAUGGGCACCCUCUCAGCCACGCUCACCAAUGGUUAACCGCUCUCUCACACGCCGAGGGAUCUCCGUGGUCGGCCGGCGUGGCGGCCAGUCCCCUCGGCCAGCAAGACAUCAAGCCCACGGUGCAAACGGGGAGGGACGAACUCCACAGUGGGGGCACUUUGCACCACCGGCCGCCUCACAUGGUGCACCAGCACGGCAACCACCACGGUGCAUGGGGCAACACCACCUCACCCCACAUCCCCAGCAUGGCAUCCAACGGCCAAAGUCUCAUCUACUCGCAGCCGGGCUUCACGGUCAAUGGCAUGAUCAACCCGGCAUCGACCCAAGGCAUGCACCAUGGGCUGAGGGAAGCCCACGAGGAGCAUCACCACGGGGACCACGGUCAACAUCACCAACAGCAACAUCAGCAGCAGCAGCAGCAGCACCACCAGCAGCAGCAGCAGCACCACCAGCAUCAGGGUCACGAGCACUCGGACGAGGACACCCCUACCUCGGACGACUUGGAACAGUUCGCCAAGCAGUUCAAACAGAGGAGGAUCAAGCUAGGAUUUACCCAAGCCGACGUGGGACUAGCUCUUGGGACGCUCUACGGCAAUGUCUUCUCGCAGACUACCAUCUGCAGGUUCGAAGCGCUUCAGCUGAGCUUUAAAAACAUGUGCAAACUCAAACCCUUGUUGAACAAGUGGCUGGAGGAGGCCGACUCGUCGUCCGGAAGCCCCACCAGCAUCGACAAAAUCGCUGCCCAAGGCAGAAAGAGGAAAAAGAGGACCUCGAUCGAGGUGAGCGUCAAGGGAGCUUUGGAGAGCCAUUUUUUGAAGUGCCCGAAGCCCUCGGCCCCGGAGAUCACUUCUCUGGCGGACAGUCUGCAGCUGGAGAAAGAGGUGGUCAGGGUUUGGUUUUGUAACAGAAGACAAAAAGAGAAACGAAUGACUCCUCCCGGAGGAGCACACCCCGGAGCCGAGGAUGUAUAUGGGGCGAGGGACACCCCGCCGUCACACCAUGGGGUUCAGACUUCUGUACAGUGAAUGCUCUCCCCUUCACAUCUUUUGUUCCUUUUAUUUGUUCUUUUCUUAACGAACAGCUUAAAACACCGGACUAUCGUUGCGAUAGCACAUGUUAAUGGUGUGUUUUGACCUGUACAGAUGGAGCUGGCGGGCAAAUGGAGUGAGUAUAUAAAUAAUAACAGAGGCACUGAUAUACAUACCUUUACAAAACUGUGGCGAAGAGACACAAAACUGCCUAGGAUAGAAUGGGACCAGAAAGGCUGCUAUAAUUCUUAAUGUAUAGAUCCACUGUGACAGGCAGGAGCAAAGGGUUGUGUGUGUGUGCGCGUAUGUGUGGUGUGUAUUUUGGUGUGUGUGUGUGUGUGUGUGUGUGUGUGUGUGUGUGUGUGUGUGUGUGUGUGUGUGUGUGUGUGUGUGUGUGUGUGAGUGAGUGAGUGAGUGUGAGUGUGUGUGAGUGUGUGAGAGUGAGUGUGUGUGUGUGUGUGUGAGAGAGAGAGUGAGUGAGUGUGUGUGAAUGUGUGUGUGUGGCACGCGUAUGGGAAAGCAGAAGAGGAUUUGGCCACGAGCUGCAGUUUUGAUUGCUGCAAGAAAAAGGUAUAGGGAGGAGAAAGGGAAAUUCCAAUACACUGCUCUCCGGGACUCGCCACCGUUCGAGACACUUGCGGGUUUGCUUCAAAGAAAAUCCCACCAGAGUGGGAGACAUUUCUCCCGGGCGCUGAAUUGUACAAGUCGAAAGGCAGUGUAUGUGAGGAGAAAAUAGGCUGUGUCAAUCAGACAGAGAGGGGCUCAGCUCCAACCAUACAGUUCUCUCCGGGAACUGAAGUUGGGAGCUGCGAAAUAGCAAACAGGAUCAAUUAACAGACACAAAGAAGGAAAUAAAUGAACGAUAAAUCGAUACAUUUCAGGCGCUAUAAAGUAUUACAGAUCACCGACUAAAGUUUUAUCCCCAUGUUUAAUAAAAAAAAACUAAUUCCGGUGGCAAGAAAUGCAAUACCUUUUAUACGAGAGGACUAUUACAAAUAUGCUAGCUAGCGUCUUUACGCCUCCGAAUUAGCACUGUACAAUAAUGAAUAAAUAAAAUUUCAGAGUCAAAAUGUUGUAGUUCCUGCCACAUUUUUUCGAAAGAAUAUAUUGCAGUAUAAAACAUUGUACUUAUUAAACGUGCGUCUACAAUCUAACAUAAAACAAUCCACAGUCGGGUAAAAUGAAACAAAAAAGACCUUUAAAACGUAUCAGUAUAUUGCGCUUUCUUACAAAGAACAUAUCCAAACAUUCAAAAUUCUAGAAAAGGUGUGUACAUAUUUGAGAUAUUUUGAUGUGGUGAUAUGAUUGUAAUUUAACCGCAGUUAUAGCGAUUCCUAAAGACAAUAAAAUUUAGUAAGUGUUAGAGAAACAUUUAAAAAUGUAAAAAAAAAACACCAGGUCAGGUAGGUUGGUACAGGCAGAAAUAAUCCUGAGACACAAACUGAAUUUUGUGUCUGUUCGUUUAGUGAAAUGAAGUUGAACGUGGAGUACUUUGUUAGAACCUUUUCGCAUAGGUUUAUGGAGAGCGGUUACCCAUGCACAUCUUAUACCACUAUGUAUAUAUGUUGCAUAAAUUUGUCUUUUGAACUGAAGAAGAUGAACAAUAUCUGAAUGAUUUUUUUUCCUUGUAUACAUUUUUCCAUAAUGCUGCCCAGGGAAUUUUAAUAUCAUUUUCACGUGGCCUGCCUCAAUGUAUUUAUUUCUUUAAAAGAAGUUUUGGAAACUGUUUCUUCUGUAGCUUUAAUUGAUUAGAUGUUAUAUGUGGGAUGUAAUUUUUUUCCGUUAUGCUUUCCCCCCUCCCCACCCUUCUCUUGAAAAGAUUGUUUUUGGUACAUUUCAAUGUGUCUUGUGAAGAUAAACGAAGCAACGCAGAGUCCCUUAUAUAUUUAUGUUAAAGUAAUAUUUUAUUACUUACAUAAAACAAGCGAUCGCACAAC